CCGGGAUACCCGGAUGCUGCAGCGGACCGCGCACAUAUAUUAAAGUGAAGGCGGGACUGGCCGUUUAAAUAAGACGGUGAAGAGGUUUAUUCGGGUCGUUUCGUUGUCGAACUGUGAAUCGUAAAGCAGAAUGGCCGGCGGUAAAGCUGGGAAGGACUCCGGGAAGACGAAGACAAAGGCUGUUUCGCGCUCACAGCGAGCCGGACUGCAGUUUCCUGUGGGCCGUAUCCACAGACACCUGAAAUCCAGGACCACGAGUCACGGUCGCGUCGGAGCCACCGCGGCCGUGUACAGCGCGGCGAUCCUGGAGUACCUGACCGCCGAGGUUCUGGAAUUGGCUGGGAAUGCCUCCAAGGAUCUGAAGGUCAAGCGCAUCACCCCACGUCACCUGCAGCUCGCCAUCAGAGGGGAUGAGGAGCUAGACUCGCUCAUCAAAGCCACCAUCGCCGGUGGUGGUGUCAUCCCACACAUCCAUAAAUCUCUGAUUGGGAAGAAAGGACAGCAGAAGACUGUAUAAUAUUUGCCGACAUUUGUUAGCCAUCUCAGGACAAAAGUCUCUUGAAAAGGGUUGAAGAUCCACAGGCUUUUUUUUGCUUUUCUUUUUUUUUUUUUUAAUUGAGCUUCUCACCUACUCAUUUCUGGGGUGUUUUAAACAAAAGUUUGGCUUCAAAGAAGCUUGGUUUUAUUUUGGGCUUGCAUUAGAGUACUAUAGCAGUUUGUGUACACUAUUUAACAUGUAAACCUUAUUGUUCUAGUGUGGUGACUGCAUUCAUGGAUUGAUUGAAGUUGUGUGUUGUUAAAAGCUCAAUAAACCCUACAGUAACAA